CAUACUUUACGCUUGUUAUUGGUAAUUGUCUAGUUUGAAGUUUCUUUUCCAUUUUGCGUGGAUUUUUCGGACCACGAGAAUAUUAACUUAACUUUGCGGAUAGAAGUCAAAGCAAAAUGCAGAUCUUCGUUAAAACGUUGACGGGGAAAACGAUCACUCUCGAAGUAGAGUCGUCGGAUUCAAUUGAAAAUGUUAAAUCCAAAAUUCAAGAUAAAGAAGGUAUUCCUCCGGAUCAGCAACGUUUGAUUUUUGCCGGCAAACAACUUGAAGAUGGCCGUACUCUGUCAGAUUACAAUAUUCAAAAAGAAUCUACCCUUCACUUGGUUCUUAGAUUGAGAGGAGGUGCUAAGAAACGUAAGAAGAAGAAUUAUUCUACACCCAAAAAGAUCAAGCACAAGAAAAGGAAGAUCAAGUUGGCCGUGUUGAAAUUUUACAAAGUUGAUGAAAAUGGUAAAGUUAUCCGUUUGAAGAAAGAAUGUACUUCUGAAAAUUGUGGUCCAGGUGUAUUCAUGGCUGAUAUGCCAAAUAGGCAUUAUUGUGGCAAAUGUUCAGCUACUGUACCAAAGUAGAGAUGACAUUUGUAUAUUUUAAUACUUAAUAUAAAAUUAAAAAAAAAAAAAUUGUUUUAAUA